AUGACCGUCGGGGCGGCACUGCCUCGUCGAGGGCUUUCUGAAAAGAAGCGUCGGAGACGAGAGCAUAGCGCUUCCACUGAAAGACUGCAACACCCAACAUCGAACGCAUCUGCAGCUGCGGCACCACCUCAGCUUCUCUCGUGUCAGUACACCCCUCUUCAUCCGUCUGACCGCCAGGUGGCCAGCAGAACGCGUCAUAAAGAAAGUCUGCCCUCCAGUUCGAGCACCUCCGUCAUACCCUUCUUUCCUCCACUGUCGCCGCUGCCGUCGUUUCCCACGGAAGAGCAAUCGAGGACGGGAACGGCGAAGCCUUCACCUUCAGAUACCCUCGGGUCGGUCGCCGGAGCGGCUCAUAUCCCCCCGUUGCCUCAGCUGCUCUCGAUCCCGGCCCUGGUGCGUGCAAGGGAAGGGGAGGUUCGGGCUCUGCUGGAGGGGAUCCGGAAUAUUCCGAAUCAUCUGCAUGCGAAACAACAUCAACAGCGCGAGCAAAACCAACUGUUUCGCCAGCAGCGCCAGCAAGAGCAGUUGCCUCGCAAGCAACGCCACCAGCUACAAGCCGCGCCCGCUGGAGAUGCAGAAGAAGGCACGACAGUAGAGGGCCCGGGCGGCACCACGCGCGCCGAGCACCAAGGUGUUGCCAAACGCGCAUUCCAGCGAUUGCAUGUUGAGUUGCGACGAAGAUGCAUGUCGUACAAUCCGUACCGGGUCCCCAGACGGUACAGGCGGCCGAUCCUGGAAGAAAUGGCGAAGGCUCCUCCUCGGCCGAGCCGUCGAGUUCGCAAAGACAGACGGCGUCCUGCGGCGCUCGCAGCCAUUUACAGCCAGCGAGCUGCCUUUCCGCGAAGGUGGCUGACCACGCACUUUUUCCAUGCCAAGCGGUUCCACAUGGUCAAUCUCUGGGGCUACCGCUUGGCUUCUCACCCCACGCAGCGCUGUCAGCGAAAGCUGUAUCGGUACUCCAAACACAAAGCCCUCAUACACGAUCGCUCUUACAUGCAGCUGUUCGAGCUCCGCGGUUCCCUGGAGGCUCUCUCUGGAGUCCUUGUGGCAUGCGGGGCAGACGCUUCUGUUUUCUGCAGUCGGCCUUUUCUAUCCGGCAGGCAACGCGGCCGGCUGUCUCUGUUCACAAGGGGCCAAGCACACGAGCGGAGAACGUUCAUUGGGCCCGCGGAAUUUCUGUGGAAGCCUGUGGACCAUCCGGUGGAGGCUCCGCAGGAGCAGGGGAAAGACAAUGGCGGGGUUUCCCAGUCCGACCCUGACAUGCGGAGAGACGCAGUUCGCACGCUGUGGCUGUGGAUUCAUCCUUCGGCUUCCGAAGCCGCCCACACAGAGCUGCGCGAAGCGGCCAAAGUGCAAACCCAGGACGAGGGCGCAUCGUCCGAGGACAGUGGCGCACGCUCCCAUGGCGGUCUCGGCGGGGAGCCAGGCGAUUCUUGCACCGUCGCCUCGUCAAAUGUCGACUCAGGGGCAGUGCAGAUUGAGUUAUUGGAUGACGUUGCUUGGUUAGAACUGACGGGUCCGCACUCUUUGGCGCUGCUGGCCUUGACACUGAAGACACCGUCCACCCGAAGAUGCCUUCAGCAUCACCGCCGGGCCAGAGAGGCGGCGAAGGGAAGUGCGCUCCCCGUCUCUGGAGAGGCGUGCAUGGAGGCGCAUCACACUCCACUGGCAGCGGAGGCAACGACGGGACGAGAGAACCUGGCCGUGGCAACAGACCUUGCUGUCAGUUCGCAGCUUUGGUGGAAGCGUGUCGUUCAUGAGACGUUGACUAACGGAUGCUGCAGUGCGGCGCCUCCCGGUGAUGCGAUCCUCCCCCUUGAUGUUUUCUUGCCUCCUCUUCUUGGUCCGUUCCCUCCUCGCUCCCGGCGUAUUCCAGGGGUGCCUGCUCAGCGUCCGCAAGAGACGCUGCAAGGCCCGCGGCUCGACGGUUUACGUCACACGUGGUGUGAAAGCAGGUGGCCAGCCUCCAGGCUUUUCGACAAAGCAGUUCGCAGCGAGACAACAGCUGCCGCGUCCAAGUGCCUCUGGCAACCCACGCGUCGGAGUAGGAAGCGAGUGAAUCUGAAGAAGCUGCUGCUGAGGUUGAAGGCAAAGCAGGCCGCACGUCAAGCGCUGCGAGCUAAGCGCGGCACGCCUCAGCCGGGCACGGGAUCUUCAGAGGAGACGCAAGCGCUUGGGGGGGGUGUGCAGACUACCAGAUGCGAGAAACUGAGCAACCGACCGUUGAGCGAAACGACUCAACGGGGGGUUGCAAAGCGGAGCUAUGACAGCGACUGGGAGGAUCUGGCUGAAACGACGGAAGUUCGAGAAGAGGGAAAACGCCGCCGCCACAGGGAAGAAGGCGGAGGGACUGGACUAGUUCUCCACGAGCCUCCACAGCCAGGCCGAUACGGUUUCCAGGAAGUUAGUAUGGACCCUGGCGGCGCCCCUGACCAAAACAUCUUGGGUCACGGAGACGAAGAUCUCGGGGAAGUGGUGACGUUCCCUGAGUCUCCUCACGAGCAGCCGCCAGCGCUGUCUUUAAGUGGCUCUGCUGCGACGGUUCGCCCCUCGGAUGAGGCAAGUGAAAAACCUGUUCCUCCGUGUCUCAGAACAGAAGAGAACGGCAUAUCGUCCCCGUCUUCGCGUCGCCCUUUGGAUGCCGCACCCUCACUGCCUUUGAAAGCAACGGCCCAAAGUGAACUCGCCGGGUCGGCCCCGUCAGGAGGUUCACGGACCAGUGCCCUGAGGGCGAUUCCGUGUUUAGUUGUUUGGAGAGCCCCGCCGUCGGCUCCGUUUCGUUCCUUUGUUUCCACGUCUCCUGGUUGUGUCCAGGCCUUGCAAAAGAGUUCGGCCUCAGUGUGCCUACCGUCGCGUUCGAUCGCAGAACAGAUGGCGUCUGGGCCCCCCUCGCCGUUCUCUGGCAUUGAUCUGUUUCUGCCCGUCAGCAGCGGCGUUGCUCGGUUGUUCGUGCUGCUCUGCCGCUACGGCGCGCGUCCGAUCGGAUGCAGAGACCGACGGAAAUUGCUGCUAGAGAGUGGAGCUGCGGACUUCCCCUUUGACUUCCCCGACACUCAAGCUGGAACGCACGCGGCUCUCUGUGCGGCCUGGCAAGACGAAUUGAGCCACCACAGAAGGCCCCCCGGAAAGCGCGUGAACUUCGCAGCGAAUGCAACUCCGUGUCCGUUCUUCCCGAUGUGGCAGUUCGCCCUGGCGCCCGCGGACUCUGGGAACCCCGGCGGCAGCCGGGCGUCUCCGCCUGCCGCCGAGAGUUCUGACGGCGCAGCGCACAGAGCUGGCGAUGUCGGAGCUCCAGCAAACGGUGUGUCGCUCGCUGCGAUGCAUCCAGCUGUACCUCUCCAGGCGGACGCACGCGGCGGAGCUCCGCUGGCUGUCCCAGACUGGGUCCGCAGCGCCUUCAGUGCCUACGUCAAGAGAGAACUUCGGACAGGAGCCCACUUGGAGGCAUCCUUCCUUCCUCCCUCGCUGCUUCCGUGGCUAGCGCCGCCCGCCUGCCACAAGUCGAGGAAGCGCAAGAGUCUCCCGGGUUUCCGCGCAGAUGCCCCACUCAUGCCUUCACUCCCUCCGGUCCCACCCAGGCUUCCGGUCCCAGACGCGUUCCUGCCUAUUCCCGUGCUGCGUCUCACGCACCUCGACUUCCUCCGCUUUCUUGCCUCAGAGCGGCGGUCGCGCACGCGCCUCCUCGAAGGCAAGCAAGCGAUCCGACCAGCGGAAAGCUCUGCCGUCCAGACACGAUCAGAGACCGAGCCGGUGCCUGCAGCCGCUCCUGGACCUUUGCGCGCACCUCCAGGCGCAGUUCACGCUUUUCUGGCGGAGGUUUCAAGUCUGCUUCGGGAUGCCCACGCCGCGUCGCCCGAGCGUUGUUCAGUGCAGCGCUCCAGCAGGCGCCGGCGCGGCGGAAGACGGGAAGUCGAGGUGCGUUUUAGCCGUUCGGAUCGCAACAGCACUCCGAAAGGCGGCAGGAGUGCAGCUGCGGAAAGCACGGUGAAGGCACCCGAGACGGCCCAGCUGUCUUGCGAGAUGGAAGCGAGAGGCAGCUCGGCACACCAGACCCAGACAGGCAAAGAGGACAGUCCUGGCGUGACCGGGGCGACGCCUGGGGGAAGUGCUCUUCGCCAAAACCCCCCUGAGUCGGCUGUCAGGGGCUGGUUCGUCCCCGUACAGGUCGAAGCGCACUUGCGUGGUGUGCCGAGGCGCCUGUGUCAACUGUUUCUCAUGACAGAAGAAGACAUCCUUCGCUUCUUUGAAAAUUACCACCUUGCGACGCCAUCGGCCACGAACAGGUCGAGAGCUCCUGCCUCGGUCUCCCCCGUGGAUGUGCGGGCAGGCUUGGCUGAUCAUUUCGCUGGACCUGACUCAGGGGCAGAACCGCUCGCUGCAAGCUGCGGCGCAGCAAAUCGAGAAACUGAGGUCCUAAUCUCGAGUUGCUCUGGACGUCUGAAAGGUGCACAAUCACCCCUGCAUGCUGAACCGAACCCGAGACGAGCCGGUAACGGUGUCGCCGGCCAGGCUCCCCGUCGGGCGGCGUCUGCUCGUCGUGAGGCUUUCUCCUUGGAAGAGCCGGUUCAUAGAAGCUUCACGAGGCGUCAGCUCGCGAAGAAGGCGGUGGAGGUGGGUCCAGGACAGAGAGAGGCGCCGAAAGGCGGAGCAGGCGAGACCGCUGCUCCAGGGAUACCGGCAGAUCCAAACGCCCGAAGUCGCCUGUCGAACCAGCCAGCGUGUGAGGCGUCGUCAAGAUUCCCGCACGCGACGUUCGUUCCACAGCGAGCGGUGACGCGUUCCAAGGAACGGGACGGCUGCGCGACUGACGCCCUCCGGUGUGCUACCGUGUGUCAACUUGCGAAUGUGUGUGAUCGACGGGAAGGACCAGCGAUGGGAUUUUGGACCCAGACCAUGGCGGCGACUCUUGCACCAAACAGCGGUCGAUUCAAACAGGGCUCCAGGGACUACGGAAAGCACCGCUGGGAAUCUGAGCAGAGCGAGCGGAUCACGACUGCGUCGCCGAGUCGAGGCGCUGACGCUGGACGUUUGGAAGAAUUGGUGCCUCAACGGCGACUGAUAGGCUUCGUCACCACUGGGCCCGUUUUCGGGAAACAGGCCAAGACCGCGCUGCAUCGGCUACUCGACGAGGAUGUGGCGAUCCUGUGCUCUGUGCCUGCAGAACACUCGUUAGCGCGCGGCAAGGGCGUCGGGAUUGCCUGCGUCUCGGCUGACGCCUUUUUGGAAGCCUUGCAGCUCCAGCUUCGCAUGCUCUGCGCGGGCCGUAGUGCUGCGGGUUACCCGCACGAGUCGGCGCAUGGAUCACGCGUGUGCGUGGGUGAAGUCGAUUGCCGAGGCGUGAGGCUGCUGGUCUGGAUGCGAAAUGUCCAGUCGAGGCGGUACCAUCCAGCAUGGAUUUCGCUGAUUCUCCAGAACUAA